AUGGCAACUGCUCAACUCUUGCAUAGUGGACAAAAGCAAAAAACAUCCAAGGAAACGGUUCUGUUUCCAAACAGAGUUGCUACUGAGCAACAGUCUAUGAUUCUGGUGAAAAGACUUCUGGCAAUUUCAGUCUCCUGUAUAACAUAUCUCAGAGGGCUGUUCCCAGAAAGCUCUUAUGGAACUCGCUAUUUAGAUGACAUGUGCCUAAAAGUCCUUCGGGAAGAUAAAAGCUGCCUUGGUUCACUGCAAAUAGUCAAAUGGAUUCAGGGAUGCUUUGAUGCACUGGAAAAGAAGUAUCUCCAUAUGGCUGUCUUGACAAUCUAUACAAAUCCCCAAGAACCUGAGCAUGUGACAGAACUCUACCAGUUCACAUUCAAAUAUUCGAAGACUGGAGCCCAGAUGGACUUUGCUAGCACUCAAGUAAGCUCUAUGAACAGAGUAAACAGCGAGGAAAUUAAGGAAGUCAGCAUCCUGCUGAUCCGCAAAUUGUAUGUCCUAAUGCAGAAUCUCGGACCACUUCCUAAUGAUAUUACUUUGACUAUGAAGCUCUUCUACUACAGUGAUGUCACACCUGAUGAUUAUCAGCCCCCUGGCUUUAAGGAAGGUAGCAGACCAGAUUGCCUGCUUUUUGAUGGCAACCCAGUGAACCUAAAAGUAGGAUCAGUCUCCACUGGGUUUCAUGUUCUGAAAGUGAGAGUAACAACUGAGAGCAAAAGGAUGGGGAUGCUGGAGAGCAGCCUGGUUGAAGAGAGUGGCCCUACUGAGAUCUCCCAUGAGGGACUGGACUGUGAGGAGGAAGAAGAGGAGAACAGCACUAAGGUACAAGAACAGAAAGACCUUCAGGCCAUCAGCAAGAAAUUGCAUAAAAAGAGAAUACUUGAAGAGGAUGCAGAUUUCGGCUGCAAGGCUGUUUUGUCUUUGGAUCCAGAGAGAGCAGCAAGGAAAAUACCUGCUCAGCCUUUCACUCAGGAUGCUUAUAAGACUUUAGAUUAUGGCCUCCAGCAUCCUCCCCCAUCCACUCUCAUGAAAAUUUUUGGAAAACUCAAAGAUUUCUACAUUGUUUUAUAA